GGUUGCCUAAGUGGAAGUUUGAACCAUUUGCUGAAGGAUUUUACCCAAAAAAUGAGAAAUGAUAUCCCAUCUACAUUAACGCGUACAAUUGUGUGUAAACAGGGUGCUGUGCGUGCAGUUAGAUUUAAUGGAGAUGGUAACUACUGUAUAACCUGUGGCAGUGACAAAUCUGUCAAAUUAUGGAAUCCAAAUAGGGAAGUUUUAUUGAAGACGUAUAGUGGACAUGGGUACGAGGUUCUGGAUGCUCAGGCAUCUUGUGAUAACAGUCAAAUAUGCUCCUGUGGAAUGGAUAAAUCUGUUGUAGUAUUUGAUGUUGCCACUGGUAAUGCUGUGAGGAAAUAUAGAGGGCAUGCAGGAACAGUGAAUUGUGUAAAGUUUAAUGAAGAAUCAACAAUUGUGUUGUCUGGUUCUGUCGAUGGAACUAUCAGGAUAUGGGAUUGUAGAACUCGUAAAAUGGAACCCAUUCAGAUUCUUGAUGAGGCUACAGACAGUGUGACAUCUUUACAAGUAUCAGAUUAUGAAAUCUUAUCAGGGUCAGCUGAUGGUUGUAUCAGGAGAUAUGAUUUACGUAAUGGUAAAAUGUUCGUAGAUUUUAUUGGAAAAUCAGUGUCUUCCACAUCUUUUACCAGAGAUGGUCAGUGUGUGUUGACAAGUACUAUGGAUGAUUCCAUUAAACUGAUGGAUAAAGAUACAGGAGAAAUGUUAAAUGAAUUCAAAGGUCACCAAAAUCAUGACUAUAAAAUAGACAACAGUUUGAAUUGUCAGGAUACAUGUGUUGUAUCUGGUUCAGAGGAUGGACAUGUUUAUUUCUGGGAUUUAGUAGAGGCAAAAGUGAUUUAUAAGAUGCUACAUGAAGGUCAAAAAGUGGUACAUUCCUUGACAUUCCAUCCUACAGAGACAUGUCUGCUAACAGCAGCUGCUGAUAAAAUAUAUGUGUGGCGAUCAAGUCCUGCCAGUGAAGAUGGAUGAUUGGACACACUGCUGAUGAUAAAAUAUAUUUGUGGCGAUCAAAACAGGCCAGCAACUAUUGAUCAUUGGACAAUUGCUGAUGACAAACAUAUUUUGUGAUCUAGUCAUCUUACUGACAAUUCAUAACUGGUCAAGUGAUUUGUCAACCAAUGUUGUAUAAUAUUGAACAAAAAAGAGAUUUUCAAAAUUGGAUGUCCAAUGAUUGUACAGAACAGUACCCAGUAUGGGGAAUAGCAGCUAAUGGUUUAAUGAGGAAGAUAAAACAAAGUCAUACAAUUACAUCAAAAUAAAAAACUCAAGCUAUGACCAAGUUAUUUUCAUUUAUAUGAUUCAGAAUUCAGAUUAAAAAAUCUAUAGUAUAGUA